AUGCAUCUUGUAAACCUUCUUUUCUUUCUCUUUGCAUUCUUCUCUUGUAAUGUCUUAGCCCAAUAUACACGUUUCAAUACCUCGGUUAUACCCGUAACCAAGGAUGCCAAAACAUCUCUUCACAAGAUUACUUGGUUUCUUAAGAAACGAACCUGGGAUGGAGAACCCUAUUACCUCGUUGACCUCGAUGCUCCUUUCACAUGGCAAGAUUGUGUUGUGCGUCGCUCACCGAUUGCAUGUGGAUUAGAGGAAGGAUGCAGAUUUCCAUUAAAAUGUGAUGACAACUUUUGCAAAGAAGCACACUCUUAUAUCAACCCUACAUGUCCUUCUCUCAAUAUCACAUCCAAAUAUGGUUGCAAUAUAUGCGCAGUCACCCCAUUAAACCCCAUCUCAAAUUCUUGCAAAUUGUCACAACUAACUACCGAUUUGGUGCAGUUGUAUGGAACCGAUGGUCGAAACCCUAGUUUUAUUUCGUAUCCUCCCUUUGGAACCGAGUUUGUUGUUUCAUGUGCACCUUCCUCAUUGUUGAGAUCAUUUCCUAAAGAUAUCACUGGUGUUGCAUCCUUUUCUUGGUCCACUUUAUCUUUUCCAGGUCAAGUUUAUAACCCUAAGGUCACAAAUAAAUUUGUACUUUGUUUACCAAACUCCUCAAAGUCUCUUGGGGCGAUAUUUUUAGGUGAAGGGCCUUUUUAUUUUACUUCUUUUCCAAAUGUUGAUCUUAGAAGUAUACUUUCCUAUACUCCAAUGGUUAGAAAGAGUAAAAAAUCACUUGGAUAUUAUAUUGGAAUCAAGAAGAUAUCAAUCAAAGAAAUAUCUAUUCCUCUACCAUCACUAAAAAGUGGUUCUGUGAAGCUUAGUACUGUCACACCCUACACCACACUCAGAAGUGAUAUCUAUAAAGCAUUUGUUACAAUUUUUUCAGUGGCUACAAAGAGCAUUCCUAGAAUGAAAUCUGUUCAACCCUUUAGUUAUUGUCUAAAAUCAAGCGCUGUUGGGUCCGUUGAGAAAGGUUUUCGUGUUCCUAAGAUUGAUCUUGAAACGGAAAGUGGGAAAAUAUGGACAAUUUAUGGUGAUAACUUGAUGAAGCGUGUUGGAAAUGGCACCGCGUGCCUUGCAGUUAUUGAUGGUGGAUCAAAAAUGAAAGAUGCAAUUGUUGUUGGGACGUUUCAGAUGGAGAACAAUUUCUUGUACUUUGAUCUGGUGAAUCAAAAGUUGGGUUUCAGCUCUUCGUUAUUAGCUCGAGGAACCUCUUGUAGCAACUUCAACUUCACCGAGAUUCCAGAAUGACUUGAUAUUGGUGAUUGAAAUGACAGAAUAACAAAGGUUUUUUUUUUUUUUUUCGUUUAGUAGCAACUUUGAUGUGUAUCACAGUUUAUUGUUAAUGUGUCAUGCAUUUUUCGUUUAGUAGAAACUUUGAUGUGUAUCACACUUGUUUGUCACAAAUAAAUUAAAAAUGUAUUUUGGGUGCAUAAUGCAAGUUAUAUUGAAAUCGUGGGAUGUUGAAAGUCA